CACUAGGCAGAAAACGUUUUCAAUUGAGGCGAUAUUUUUUUGUUGUUUCCUUCGUUUUUUCGGCGAAAUUUUGUUUUAAAAUUAAUUAUUUACCCGUCGUUUGCUGGCGCCCACAAUGUCCGAUGACGACGAUAUACAGUACAUCAAGCGGCAGCGCACGCUGCACUACGGAUCGCUCGAGGAAUCGGAGCGAAAGCGGCAAAAUGCCGCGGCGUCUGAGACAACAACAACCACAACGCCGGCAGCGUCUGGUGGAGGAACAACAACAACAAGCACAGGCGGCCAACUGGAGGACAUAGAUUCGGAUGAGGAUUACGAGGAGUCAACGAAAAAGACGGCCAAGCAGGCUGGAGCCCCACCACCCACUGCCGCCACACUGGCCAACAAAAUCGACGAUGACUACUUCGAUUUGGAGACGGAAAUGGAGCGGGACAAGGUGGCGCUGCUCGAGGAAUUCGAGCGCAAGAAGCGGGCGCGCCAGAUAAAUGUGUCCACCGACGACACGGAGAUCAAGAGCAAUCUGCGCCAGCUAAACGAGCCCAUUUGCUAUUUCGGCGAGGGGCCGGCGGAGCGGCGAAGGCGUCUCAAGGAGUUGCUGGCGGGACUGGGCGAGCAUGCGAUCAACCGGAAGCAGUUCGAGGAGGAGGAGCGCAAGCAGCAGCAGCGGGAGCAGGAUCAGGCCACCUGGUAUCACGAGGGACCGGAUACUUUGCGGAUUGCCCGCCUCUGGCUGGCGGAUUACUCGCUGCCGCGCGCCCGGGAUCGCUUAAUGCGGGCCCGCGAUGCCCUCGAGGUGCCCAGUGCCACGCGGGCAGGUCGGAUGGUGGAGAUGCAGAAGAAGCUGCAGUCGCUGGCUCCGCUCUGCUCCCAGGUGGGCGACACGCGGCCCGUGAGCAGUGCCGCUUUUAGCGAGGAUUCCAGUAUGCUCCUGACGUCCUCCUGGUCGGGUCUCUGCAAGCUGUGGAGCGUGCCGGACUGCGAGCUCCGGCAGACGCUGCGCGGCCAUGCCAGCUAUGUGGGCGGCGUGGCCCUGCGGCCGGGCGUCCGGGCGGACGAGGAGAACGUGGUGGCCAUGGCCACCGGCGGUCACGACGGCGCCGUCAAGCUGUGGGGCUUCAACAACGAGGAGUCCAUCGCGGAUAUCACCGGCCACAUGCCGCAUCGCGUCUCCAAGGUGGCCUUCCAUCCGUCGGGCCGCUUCCUGGCCACCGCCUGCUACGAUUCCAGCUGGCGGCUGUGGGAUCUGGAGCAGAAGACGGAGGUGCUGCACCAGGAGGGACACGCCAAGCCGGUGCACUGUUUGAGCUACCAUUCGGAUGGCAGUGUGCUGGCCACCGGCGGACUGGAUGCCUUCGGAAGGGUGUGGGAUCUGCGCACCGGGCGGUGCAUUAUGUUUCUCGAGGGACAUCUGGGCGCCGUGUUUGGCGUGGACUUUUCCCCGAAUGGUUUCCACAUUGCCACCGGGUCCCAGGAUAAUACCUGUAAGAUCUGGGAUCUGCGGCGACGCCAGCCCGUCUACACCAUUCCCGCCCACACCAACCUCAUUUCGGACGUGAAGUACCAACGGGAGUGCGGCAGCUUUCUGGUCACCUGCUCCUACGACUCGACCACCAAGAUCUGGUCCAACAAGACGUGGCAGCCGCUGAAGACGCUGCAGGGCCACGACAACAAGGUCAUCUCGGUGGACAUCGCGCCCAAUUCGCAGUAUAUAGCCACCACUUCGUUCGACCGCACAUUCAAGCUGUGGUCGCCGGAUAGCUGAUUUUCGAUACCAUUACUUUAUUUUGUACACGCAGACAAUCUCCGCUUUGCGAUCUACUGUUUUUUGUUAUUUCAGAGACAAUAGCCCAAGACAGUUCUUGCGAACAUUUCAAGUUUUCGUUUUGUAUAACACAAUUUGUUGUUUUUGUUAGGCGAAAGGCAGAUGCAGCGAUGUUGCAUUUCGUAAAUUUAAGAAUUUUUUAUUGAAAUUGUUAAUAAAAAAAAACACAUUUUUGGUA